AUGUCCUCCGUGUCCAUAAAAGAUUUUGCCUACGACGCCGACCACCCACUCCACUACGGUAUCACCGACGGCUACAUAGACGACACCAGCGAGCGCGUGAUACAGGCCGUGGCAUUGUACCCUUUUGAGCCAGAAAAUGAGAACGAGCUGAAACUGGAGCAAGAUCAAGUCAUAAUCAUCAACUACGAGUACGGCGAGGGGUGGCUCGUGGCCCACGAUCCGGAGUCGGGAGAAACAGGGCUUGUUCCGUCAGAAUACGUGAGCAUUUUGGACGACGAGCUGGAAGAAGCAGGCCAGCCGGACGACAGCGAGCAACACAAACACCACGAUGCACAGCCAGACAAAACAAAGGAGCAACAAGCCAAGCCGUUUCUACCAGGGAUUCUUCAGGAGCUCGGAGAUCUCAAAAUUACACAGCAAAAUACAGAUAAUCGGGAAACCAGCACAGAAUAAUCGUCUACACAGUCAUUAAUCACUAUUCGUUCUCCAAUAGCUCCUCCAGGUCCGCGUCUUCUUUGCUGGCUUUUUCGAAUAACGGACCUCCCAGCUCGUUUAGCAACUCCAUCACCGUGUUGGCAAGGUCUCUGUCCGUUUCGGCAGCAACACUGUCCACUUGCAGCAACUUGUAUGCCUCGGUCAGCGCCAGGCGGGCUUCUCUGACCGUCUCGUCGCGCUCUUUAAGUGGAUAUUGUUCAUAGUUGAUCGACACUUUGUCUCCUUCCUCCUCGGAAAUGCCGUUUUGAUUUCUUCUGGCCGCCAGAAGAUAUGCGAAUCCUUCCAAAUAAUAGCUCUCGACACUCUGUUCAUUAAUAUCCUGCACAGAUGACGCUAUAGCCGUCGCCAAUUCGAAGAGUCCCGUCUCAAUUGCAUACUUGGAGAGCGUUGUCAGCGGCUGGCACAGGUCUAUGUACUCCAUCUGAGACUCGGGCUCGCUAGACUCCUCCAGGGAAGCUUUCUUGUGCUCAAAAAGCUCCCAGGAUUUUUGCACGGCCUCGCGCGCCUCCUGUGUCUUCUGCUGCGAAAUGCGGAUGCUUGCCAGUAACGACCAUGUUUCUCCGUUGGUGUUGUCCAGGCUGAGAGCCAGCUGAAUGCAUUUCUCGCACUCUUCCUCUGCGGCUGGCUCCAUGCAGAGAUCGGUCAUCCAGAUCUCAAUUAUCGCGAACAGUGCUUGAUUCAGUUUCUUGAGAAGAUAGUCUUGAACUUUUUCGGGCUCUGUAUAUGCUGCAAACAGCAGCUGCGUGCUUUCGUCCAAUUCCUGUGCAGUUUCCGACUGGACCAUUUCCAGCUGAGCCAGCAAUCUCUUCACCCCCGUCUCCAACAGGUCCACACCGUGAUUUGCUCCCACUAUCUGGCCCAGAUAUAAAAACUUCUCCACACCACUUUUGGCCUCUGGGUCCAACUUGCAGGCUUUGCUCAGUACAUCGUAUGCGCUUUCAACGUCUCCAUUUUCCAAGUGUGCCUCUCCAAACGACUGCAAAAAAAGUGGUGAGUCGUGAAAUUCGCUUUCUUUGGAACUCAGCAGCUCCACGGCUUUUUCGGGCUGCUGGUUCUCCAGGAGCUGAGCAGAUUCCACGAUAACCUGUUGUAAAGACAUUAAUUUUUUAUGUUUCUGUG